AUGAAGCAAUACCCGUAUCAGUGCCUCAUUGGAGCGCUGAUGUAUCUCGCAGUAACGACGAGGCCUGAUAUAGCUUACGCGGUAAACUUCAUGAGCCAAUUCAACACCAAUUACUCUGCGGAACAUUGGGUGGCAGCUAAAAGAAUUCUCAGAUAUCUGAGAGGUACCGCAGAUCAUGGACUCCAGUACCGCAAGACAACUAGACAGCUGUAUGGAGUGGUCGACGCGGAUUGGGGAACAAACAUCGUCGAUAGACGAUCGUAUUCUGGAUACGCGUUCAUCCUCGCAGGAGCAGCGGUGUGCUGGGAAGCGCGAAAACAACGCACAGUCGCACUAUCAAGUGUAGAAGCCGAGUAUAUGGCAAUGUCUGAGGCAACGAAAGAAUCAAUCUACGUCAAAAGCCUAUUAAGCGACAUGCAUAUACCAUGCGAUCACAUUACGCUGUACAACGACAAUCAAGGAGCGCAACGAUUAGUCCACAACGCCGGUGUGCAUCACUCACGGACGAAGCACAUCGACUUACGACAUCAUUUUAUCCGAGAUCAUUGCGCAUCGGGCUCGAUCAAGUUGCAAUAUAUGUCAACUAACGAGAUGCCGGCAGACAUUUUGACAAAAGGAUUAACCGGACCUAAACACGUGUUGUGCCAAAAUGGACUUGGAAUGAUCGAAUUACGCGAGUGA